GGUUCCCCUUUACGUAUGUCUUAUUGUUGAUUGUGAGUUAAGAUGUAAACAGUGUGUAUGUUUAAUGAUAAUUAAGCUCCAUUGACUGUUAAUGCGCACAUUCGUCAUGACGAAGUGGUGGGAUGAGUUUCAGAAGAGCAUAUCCAAUGGCGACAAUACAAAAAUCUUAAGUGCACUGAAAAAGGUGUCUGUGUCCAAGACUUACGACAGAAAGGGCAAUGGACUGUUGCAUUACAUUUCAAAGUCAAAGACAGAUAAUGAUGUGAUAGCAGCUUACUUGAUAGCUGCUGGUUGUGAUGUUAAUGUUAAAAAUCAUAUGGGUGAUCCGCCACUAGCAAUGGCUAUUGUGUGUAGGAAUGUAAAAGUUGCAAAAAAACUUUUGGAUGCUGGAGCUUUGCAUAUGCAUACAGACUUUAAAAAUGACUUUGGGCCACUCCACAUUGCGACUUAUACCAGGUGUUUGGAUAUGGUUAAGGUGCUGCUGAAAGCUGGAGCAAGCGUGAAGUCUGUUGACCGCGAUGGUUACACUCCGUUACAUGUAGCCAUUAUAAGCUACUCCAAGGGUUAUCGUCGCAACAAUUUCAAGCUUGUAAAGGCACUGAUCGAAGCAGGGUCAAAUGUUAAUGCCAAACCUAAAGAAGGAUACACACCCUUUGUCUACGCGAUAAUUUGCGGCUUGAACGAUGUGGUUGAGCAGAUGCUUACAGCAGGUGCCGAAGUUAACGGCAAAGGUCAAUUAGCCAUGACACCAUUGUUCCUCGCCGUCUUGAAAGACAAUGUAGAAUUGGCAAGACGACUGGUGGCUGCAGGUGCUCAAGUCAACGCUACAGAUUUAAAUGGUAGGACGUGUCUACAUUACGCUGCAAGCUCCCUAAAUGCCGAAAUGGUGAAACUAUUGUUAGACAACGGUGCCACUGUUAAUGUCUUUGAUAAGGAGGACAUCAGUCCUUUAUUAUGCUGCUCACACUCUUGCAAUGUGAAUUUAUCAGAUAUCGAGAUGAGGAUCCCCAAUGGUAGAGACUGUGACCAGAUAAUUGAGGAUACAUUUCCCGGCCAGACUGCUGUUAAAGUAGAGUGCAUGAAGUUGCUGCUGGAACACGGUGCGGAUCCGAACUACGUCAGCGAAUCAUUUCCAACUCCCAUCCUCUAUACAGCCCUCAUUCUCAGUCAUAGUGUAGUUGUAAAUUUACUUUUAACUCACGGGGCAAACGUUAAUUUCGAUCACGACUACAUUCGGGUGGCAACUCGCAUCCGUAACUAUUCUAAUUCUCUGCACCAGCUGAUGAGGCACACGGCGAUUUGCAACGCGCUCAACCAAAAAGACGGCCCAAUCAAAUUUGACGUGGAAAAGUUGACCUGUGAGCUGCAAAACGAUUAUCUGCGCUGCGGAAGCGAACUUGAGCUUAUGAAGAAUACGAACAUCCACGGCUCGGUGUCUCUGUUUAAAAUGCUCUCAGAUAAAGAUAUCGGACCGUAUGCACGAAAUCGUAAUGUCAUUAAAGCUUUUGUGACCAAGUGCACUCGCAAGCGCUUUCCUAUUUAUGGUAUUCCGCUCAGGGAACGCUUUUCUAAAGAGAUAGAGCUGCAGAAUCUGAGAAAGACCGCUAUGCAUAAAUUUAGUGGCAUUCUUAAAUGGGACGAAAAUUCAUGGAUCGUUAUACUUGACAAUAUUUUUCGCUUUCUCAACGAAAAAGAUUUACAAGCCUUAAUUUCGGUCUGA